AACGCUCUCCGAGAAGCGGAAGAUGAGACGACGGUUGCUAUUUACGGGCUUCAAUGCAUUUGGUCAGCACAAUGCGAGCAACACGGAACGCACUUCCGGUCGAGUCAAUGCCCUAACCGAAAUCAGUCUGCCGGAUGAUAGCGCCGGCAAAAUAAUACUUGCUCUGAGCUGGCGUUACACGGCUUAUGCUGUGGGCAAGAAACUGUGGCUGCAAGGACUGCUAGUUAGCAAGCCAGAGGAAAGGUUGGAAGUGCAUGCAUCUGAAGAGAUAAAAGCCUUGGCGGCUUGCGAUGCCCAUUGCUUGGUGUUGCUGCAGAGUGGCCAGUUAUAUAAGCUGCGAGCGGAGUUGAAUGCCACACUGCAGGCCGUAAAAUUAGAAGCACCUUCUGCAAAGCGAAACAUAUUUGGCCAGGCGAAGGAAGCCGAUGAAAUCUCCAUCACCCACAUUGCCUGCGGCUCGCACAUCAAUGUGGCCAUCACGGCGGGGAAUGCUGUGUAUAGCAUACCCAGUUGCCUGCAUCGCUUUCCGCAGGGCUCGUGGCGAGUGCGGCAGUUGGAGUGCGGACACGAGCACGCGCUGCUACUGAACGGCAAUGGCGAUGUCUACAGUUGGGGCAACGGACUACGUGGGCAACUGGGUCACGAGAGUUUGGGUGUGGAAGAGCGUCCGCUUUUACUCGAGCCACUGGCGGGCAUUAAGAUAACACACAUUGCGGCCGGUGGCUGGCAUAGUGCAGCUAUUUCAGCAUUUGGCGAUCUCUAUGUGUGGGGCUGGAAUUGUAAUGGACAGCUGGGCAUGCGCGUCAUGAAGCCGGAUGGCCUGCUUAAGGAGCCCACGGUUUAUCCCUUGCCCCAACUGCAGGAUUUGCCAGCAUGCUGUGCAGCUGUUGAGGCAGAGGCUGAUGUGUGUGCUCCCAUAAAGGCUUACGCAGGAUCACGGCACACGCUUAUCCAGUGCAGCUGUGGUCGACUCUGGGCUUGUGGCUGGUGUGCACACGGUCAACUUGGUCAACAGCCGUCCAAAUUGGCCUAUUUGGAUAGUUUUAAUGCUAUGCAGCAGCUGCCCAAAGACUGCGAUUAUAAUGUAGUGUGUGGUCCUUGGUCCACUUUGAUUGCUUUGUCUGAGUAAAUUCAGUAAAUAUUUGUAUAUUUUAUAUACUU